UUUCAUCAACUUCCGAAGCGCAGAAUUUCCAAUUAUUAAUCUUCGCUCCAAGAAGAGGAUAAACACAGGACGAACCAGUGCCUAAAAUACGCACAAUAAUUUAGUAACCAACCUGUACUAAUCAUACCCCUAAUUCAGUCUGCGAGCAGGCUAAUUUUACCCUGGUGACGUAUGAAACGUGAUCUCCGGAUGACGUGUCGUGUACCACGUGCCAGAAGGUUAUAAUUGCCAUAUUUUGCUGACUUUUAGAUUUGCUUUAACGAAAGUCUCGAGAUGUGAAGGUCUUCGACUGAGUGAGGAUCAAGAAGGCCACAUCAAGACAUCAUGUCGCAAAGUUGUGCAAAGAAUGAAUUUCCAACGGGAGACGAACCUCCCUGUAUCGCCUGCCCAAUCUCGAAAGUUGGUUGUGAUUCAUUCAAACAAUUUAUGGAUAUAGCCUAUGAAAACUGCCUAAGGGAUUGCGGUUUUUUACAAACAAGAUCCCCAGGUUCCUCGUUUGACAAAUUAGAAUUUGUUGAAAUUGCGGCUCCAGUCUUUGGAGUUGUCUUCAUAUUGCUUUUAAUAAAGCUGGUUGUCCUACCUCGAUAUAGUCGAUAUAGAGCUCGACGCCAGUCUCUACAUGCAGCUAAUAUUGAUGAAAUGGAAAGAGGCGAAGCACCUCCAGGACAGAUAGAGGUAGAGCCAGCUGCAGCAGGCACUUCAGGAGACAACAAUACCCUAGGUGAAUGUCCUCAAUCUUUAGGAAAAACGGAAGAUAUCAGCGAUCAAGAGGAAUUACUGAAACACGUAGAGUCAGAGUAAUAAUUUGAAAGUUGACUGCAGUUCUAGAGUUCUACACUCAUACGUACAAAAAAUGAACCGCGACGGCCGGCAUUAGCGACCAGUUUCGAGUCCCUGAUCAUGCGCCAAAUCUGGCGCACGGACAGUACGCGCAAGUGGAAGCUGGCCUUAAUUCAACUAAACAUAGCUUUACCAGACGACAUGCUUGAACACUCGUUUUUGUGGAAGCAGAUAAAUAGUAAUAUAAUUUCUCUGCAUAAUUUUGUAUACUUUUUCUUAAUUAUUAUAAAGUUGAAAUCUGUA